AAUACUACAUUUUUUGUUCACUAUUGCCUUAGCCAUAUACAUAUAUAACCAUUUCCCAGCUAGAGCUUUCAAUUUUCAACGCAGUCCCGCCGGACAGCGCUCAUGCAACUCCGGCCCCGGUGCUGCAUCUCGCCUCGGCAUUAGAUCAAACAGGAAGCGGGCGGUUAUGCCGUUUCAAGCUUCCAAGCUCGACCUCCUUAAAACCUCAUCCUCUACCCCCUCCAUCUCCUCCCUCCUUUUCGAACACUCCUCCAACUCCCUUGCCAUCUCCCUCUCCGACUCUUCUCAUCUCCUCUUCCCCUCCUUCUCCCUAUAUUCCACAUCGCCGCCGCCUACAGCGGUCCCUCCCGCUUCCACCGCCGUCUCCUUUCUCCGCCUCCUCCCCAUCAGCCGCGUCCUCUUCUUCGCGGUCUCUCCCCUGAACGCCGGCGCCGCUCUUAUUCUUCGCGCCUGGAUCCUCGACCUCAAUCCUCCGUGCUUCGCAUCUGUCCGCCUUACUUACAAGAAAAGGGAACCUGCCACCCUUCCCCUCGCGCAUGGCUUCGGUGUGAGGCUCAUCGGGACGGUCAACUACUUUGUGGUUCAUGCGCCAGCCGCUAGUCAAAUCUGGGUGAUGGCUGCCAAGAUAGAGGAGGGGGAAGAUAAUAAAAUAGUUAGCGUAGAUUUGGUGAAGUGCGCGGUGGUGGAUUGCGAUCUCCCGAUAUACUCGAUUGGGAUGUCCAUGGGGAUUAUGGUGCUAGGUGAGAUUGGUGGUGUUAGGGUUUUCUCCGUGAGGAUGUUGGUGAAGGGGGUUGAGUUCAAGGGGAAGAGGAAAGGGCACUUGGCUGCUGGAAAGAGGAUCGGUUGUUUGACCGGGGGAAGAGAAUCGUUCCGAAUGGCGGUAAGUCCUGAUAGGCGUCCUGAUGGCGGAGUUUCCGCUAGAACUGAAGGAAUCACAGAAGAAAACAACGAUAGAAAUCAAGCUCCAGGUAAAUUGAGGUGUGUAAGAUUGAGACAGAACUCUGGCGAUCUUGGCUCAUUUUUCAUCAAAAUUAAGUGCAAUAAUGUCAUUUCUGAAAGCGACACCGGAGCUCUGGCAUCAGUAAAAGCAAUUUCAAUCCAUUUGCUGUCUCAGAAGCAGUUUUUGAUAUUGGAUUCUGUUGGAGAUUUACAUCUCCUGACCCUGCAUGGUACUUUUACAGCGUCAGAAGUUUGUGCUGAUUCUUCUUCCAAGUAUGCUCAUGUGUACUGUCUGGAUGUGAAGAUAAAAGUGCAAUUGUUGGCUGUUCCUCCGGACAUUUCCGCAAGACCCGAAUUUGUUUGCAUAUCCGAUGGAGCAUAUUCGGUACACAUGAUGUCCAUGGCCAAUAUUGAAUCUUCUGAAAAAGAUGGUGAGAAAGAAGAUAAAAAGGAAAAGUAUACCCUACUCUCAGCUGCUCAAGUCAUAUUUACUAGUGAGAAAGUUCAGCACAUUAUAGCUCUUUCUGCCAAGGCAAUUCUGGUUCUUGGUCAAGGUCAGAUUCUAAGAUGUUUGAUCCUCACAUUCUCGCCACAAAUGGAAACAUAUUUGCGUAUUCAAUAUCUUGAAAGAGUGAAGAUUGUGGCUCUGAGUUUUCAACAAAUGGUCUGCAAUUACUUGAUUGAAAUUUGGUGCUGGUUUUCACUAAAGAUGGCAACUUUCCAAAGUGCAAGGAUGCUUUUUAGCGACAAGCCAGAAGUUAUACGAGCUACAUUGUUUUUCACUUCAUCCUGAAUCUCAUGACUUAUGAUAGAUUGAUGAAGCUGAAAGAAGUUCCAAGGACAGCACGUUGUUGGUUGGAACUGUCACCCUUAACUUUUGAGCUGAAUGUGAAGGUGAAAUUUCCCAAAGGCAAAUUGAUGUAGCGCUCAUUUCUUUCCUUUUGUGGUUUCUGCUCCAACGCUAGAACCUGCAAUGCUUACUCCACUGCUCAUUGAAAUUUAGUGAAAGAUGUGUGAGUUCUAUGUUAUUAUGUGAUGGAUUAUUUAAUCCUAUUUUCUUUUAAUAUAUGAGCCAAUACUCCAGAUUGCUUUUCUUUUAUGCUUCAUUGAUUAGCUGUAGUCACUGGAUCCUUUUAUCGUAUUAAUCCUCCAUCACCUUUGUUCCUGCUU